UAACCUAAUUUUUUCAAACUCAAAACUCUCACAUGUACUGAAAUGCAAAAUCUAUUAAUAUGGGAAAAGAUCAAGAAGUAAAAUCACACUCAAAAAGGAAAAUAAAUGAAGCUACAGAGCCAACACAAUUAAGUUCUAAAGAUGAGGACCUGCUUAAUAUUAUAAAUAGUGAAGAUGAUAGUACAGAUGAAGAUAUGGAUUCUGAGAAUGAAGAUUCAGAUGAAGAAGGUUCCAAUGAAGAAGACAGUGAAGGAACAGGAGAAGAAAGUGACGAAGAUGAAGAUGAAAAUGAUGAUAGUGAAGUAAAUGAAGAUGAUAGUGAUGAUACAUUUGAGGAUAGUGAUUCUGAGAAUAGUGAUUAUUUAGAUGAAGAUACUGAAGAUAAUAGUGAAGGUAUAGAUGGAGACGAUAUAAAACAUAAUGGUAUCAUACAUGAAGCUUCAACUGAAAUAAAAAAGAAUGAAAAGAAAAUACCACAAUCUAGUGGAGAAGCAGUUAAAACAAGAGGGGAUACUGUCAAUGAAUAUGCAGAACAUGAUACAUCAGAUGAAGAAGAUGUGAGAAACACUGUUGGAAAUAUACCCAUAAAUUGGUAUGAUGAAUAUAAACAUUUAGGAUAUGAUUGGGAUGGUAACCAAAUAUUAAAACCAGAAACAGGGGAUCAACUUGAUGCCUUCUUGAAAAAAAUGGAAGAUCCGGACUUUUGGAGAACUGUUAAAGAUCCACAGACAGGCCAAGAUGUUGUACUUAGUGAAGAUGACAUUAAUUUAAUCAAGAGAAUUAAAGCUCAAAAAAUACCUGAUGUGACCUUUGAUGAAUAUGCUCCUUGGAUAGAGUGGUUUACAAGUGAAGUGGAGCAAAUGCCAAUAAGAAAGUUUCCAGAGCAUAAAAGAUCAUUCCUUCCUAGUAAGCAUGAAGCAAAACAAGUAUCAAAGCUAGUUCAUGCUUUAAAGAUGGGUUGGAUAAAAACUAGGGCAGAACAGGAGAAACUUAGAGCUAAAAAAGAGCCUCAGUUUUAUAUGUUAUGGCAGACUGAUGAUCAAGCAGAAGAAAUGAGAAGAAUAUAUAAACAUAUAUCAGCUCCAAGACGUUUAUUACCAGGUCAUGCUGAGAGUUACAAUCCACCACCUGAAUAUCUCUUUGAUGAAAAAGAACUUAAACAAUGGAAUAAGUUAAAAAAUGCACCUUGGAAACGAAAGCUGCAUUUUAUACCUCAAAAAUAUGACUCUUUAAGAAAAGUUCCAGCAUAUCCUCGGUUUAUCAAAGAGAGAUUCUUAAGAUGCCUAGAUCUCUACUUAUGCCCUAGAACUAUAAAAAUGAAACUGAAUAUUGAACCAGAAUCACUUGUACCAAAAUUACCGAGUCCAAAAGAUUUACAACCAUUUCCCACGGUUCUUGCUCUGGAAUAUAAAGGUCACACUGAUAUGGUAAGAAGUAUUAGCUUGGAUAAAACAGGGCAAUACCUACUUAGUGGCUCAGAUGAUUUCACUGUGAAGAUAUGGGAAGUUAAUACUGGCAGAUGUCUAAAAACAAUAAAAACUGAUAAUAUUGUCAGGUCCGUUGAAUGGUGUCCAAACGCUGCAUUAUCACUUAUCUUAGUUGCAUCUGGACAGGAGGUUAUGAUAAUCAAUCCCAAUGUUGGUGAUUUUGUAGUGAACAGCAAAACAGAUACAGUUCUGCAAGAAGUACCACAAUCGGAUGUGGUUAUUCCAGAACGAGUCCGCACUGCUGUGCAAUGGUCUGAACCUGACGAUGAUCAAUAUAAACGUGGUAUUAGGUUAAAUUUAAAACACUUUAAAGAUGUUUCUCAAGUAUCAUGGCACGGAAAGGGAGAUUAUUUUGCAACAGUUAUGCCAGAAGGACAAAAUCGUUCUGUUAUUAUAUCACAAAUAUCCAAACGAAGAUCCCAACUACCAUUCACAAAAUCCAAGGGUCUUGUGCAAUGCGUUCUUUUCCAUCCUACAAAGCCUUUCCUCUUCGUAGCAACACAAAGGCACGUUAGAAUUUAUGAUUUAGUUAAACAAACUAUGCUGAAAAAAUUAUUAACCAAUUCUAAAUGGAUAUCAUGUAUGGCCAUUCAUCCAUUGGGAGAUAAUCUUUUAGUAGGAACUUAUGAUAGGAAAAUGUUGUGGUUUGAUUUAGAUUUGAGCACAAAACCAUACCAGACCUUACGACUACAUGGUACAGCAGUAAGAGGAGUGGCUUUCCACAAACAUUAUCCACUUUUUGCUUCUGGCUCAGACGAUCGAAGUCUUAUAGUGUCUCAUGGGAUGGUUUAUAAUGACCUGUUACAGAAUCCAUUAAUAGUUCCUUUAAAACGAUUACAAGAUCACGAUUCGUUUAAUGAUUUUGGAAUAUUUGAAGUACAGUUCCAUCCGUUGCAACCAUGGGUAUUUUCAUCAGGUGCAGAUAGUACUAUUAAGUUAUAUUCUAAUUAAAUUGUAAUAUUUUUUUACGUAAAAUACUGUUAUAAAUA